GGAAGGCAGCUGCACCGCCAGAGCACGCGCGCCCUUGCCGCCGCCGAACGCUCUCGGCGCCUUCUCCCGUUUCUGCGCAAGGUGUCGGCGCCCGCGGCAAGUGUCACCGACAGCCCGACGUUCGACUCGAAAAGGAACUCUUGACAGGCAGCAACGUUUGUGCCAAAGACCUCUCCUGCUCGCCACUCGUUUGUUGUUGUCAAACUGUCCACGCUCUUCCCGUCCCGACAACAGUACCUGUGCUUUGUAUGCCGCUUUCGUCGCGCUUUGACGGACGGGGCACCUUCUUUUCAUUCGCCUGCCGUUUUACUCCGGCCGUCGCUUUUGCUGCUUCUACCUCUCUGCUACGUCCAGCAUUUGUGGCCAGUCCUGUCUUUGUUGAUGCGGAUAACUGCUCGGUUCGUCGCGGACAACGCCGCUGAGAUGCUGCACUCUCGUCCCGUGCGCUCAGGGCUGCUCUUCUGCUCGCCACUCCACAGUGAGAGUCUUCUUUUAAGAAGCCCACUCGCGGUGUCGCUAGGCAAUGGUGCUUUUCUUCGCUCUGGGUCGUUCAGAAACCCAUUCCGGUCAGCACUGCACGAGUUCUGAGAGCCGGCUGUGGUACCCCGACCGUGAAGUGAUCAACUGCGACAUCCCCAACACGCCCUGUAUCGCCUCUGCAUGCAUUUUCCAUCCCCACAGAGGUUCCGUCGGUCACCUAUGGUGCUCAACAUAACGGAGAAUGUCCAGUUUGUCAGCGACGGAUGUACACACAGUCUCACAUCGGUACGUCCGUUCCCGUGCAAGAGCUCGAAAGCACAACACUGAUCGGCGGAAACCGGGGCGCGCCCGUCUACGGCGAGAGCACGUCUAAAAGCGUACCGCCCUCGCACUGAGUGGCGACGCGAGAAGAGCAGAAAGGGGGACCCUGCAGUGAAGAUCCGAUCCUGAUAGCGUUGUGCCACUCGACUGAGCCCGUUUCUCUUGGAAUGGAGCCACGAGACUAAGCCCUCCGCCCGACCUGACUUUGCCCCGGGACGGGCGCAUCCACUGAGGCGCGGCGGCGGGUUCCGUUCGAACGCUUUAUUUUGCACCGGCCGACAGCACGCAGGCUGACGCGAAGACGGACGCGUGGUUCGUGGCGCCGUUGCGUAAACAGGAGCGACGUUCGUGCGUUCAGUAACCUGCGCAGCAGACGACAGCCGGCAGCAGACGGCCGGUAAGAAAAACAACAAAUCGUAUCCAAAGCAGACCCAGCCGCCGCGUCGCAGUUCGCUGUAGACGUCGAAGAAAAAUCUUCUACGAAGCAAAGCAGAGGCAGCUUUGUGCAGACGUCUGUGGGAAGCUCUCGUGGGGCGUCAGGGCAGCACGUUUUAUAUCAAAUGCGACACUUCCAGGCCGGCUGCGCGCGACGUCCACGCGACAAUCAAGCGCUGUCCGCAAAUUUCGACUGCUGCUCUCGCCAUCCCACGUGCGACAAUGAAGCUCGGCGGACCCAAGCCACUUGUCAAGUCGUCGCGAGUCCCUAUGUGGUCCUCGUGUACAGACGGCACUACGCAAGCUCCUCAUUCCCGUCCUUCAGCAAUAGGAAAUGACGAUCACUUCCCUCUCGAGUUCAACACACUGACCAGGCGGAUUUUACUAUCUCAGCGACUUCAUCUCUUUUUUUCAUAGUGGAACAUUCUGACGUGCUGCUGCUUUCAGUGAGAUGCGUCGAAGGCGAUGCCGCGUUUGUGACCUGGUUCUUGUUCGUACCGGUGAUGGCAGUGAUGAUGAUGAUGAUGGUGGUGAUGACGUGCGCGGUGUCCAGCAAAGAAGUUUGGUGCAUGGUUUUCCGUAAAAACUGAUGCAACUGGUGUCAUGGCGGCCGUUGGCAUAUGGUCCCAAGCCGGAACCGGUGGUCAAGAAACGCAGCUACCGCCGGAAAUUCUACACGACUAUAACUGGCAGUCUCUGCCCAAGCUGAGCAGCGAGGAUGCGACGGGCGGCUGCGAAGCGGGGCUGUCGGGCGGCGGCGGGCUCGUGUCGCCUCCUGGCGGCGGCAACUUCGAGCCCAUCCCGCACGAGCACGACCUCUGCGAGCGGGUGGUGAUCAACGUGAGCGGGCUCCGGUUCGAGACGCAGCUGCGCACCCUGCACCAGUUCCCGGACACCCUGCUUGGGGACCCGGGACGCAGGCUGCGCUACUUCGACCCGCUGCGCAACGAGUACUUCUUCGACCGCAACAGGCCCAGCUUCGACGCCAUCCUUUACUACUACCAGAGCGGCGGCCGGCUGCGGCGACCAGUGAACGUUCCCCUGGACGUGUUCGCCGAGGAGAUCAAGUUCUACGAGUUGGGCGAGGGCACGUUCAACAAGUUCCGCGAGGACGAGGGCUUCAUCAAGGAGGAGGAGCGACCCCUUCCCGGCCGCGACCUGCAGCGGCGCGUGUGGCUGCUCUUCGAGUACCCGGAGAGCUCGCAGGCCGCCCGCGUGGUGGCCAUCGUGUCCGUGGUGGUCAUCCUGCUGUCCAUCGUCAUCUUCUGCCUGGAGACGCUGCCCGAGUUCAAGCACUACCGCAUGUUCCCCGCCGGCAACAACAUGACGCGCGUGGUCGAGGACGAAGUGCCCAAGCUGACCGAGCCGUUCUUCCUGAUCGAGACGUGCUGCAUCGUGUGGUUCACGUUCGAACUGUUCGUGCGUUUCUGCGCCUGCCCCUGCAAGCUGGCGUUCUUCAAAGACGUGAUGAACAGCAUCGACCUCGUCGCCAUCAUCCCGUACUUCAUCACGCUGGGCACCGUGAUCGCGCGAGAGCGCGAAGGGCCCGGGUUCCUGCCGCCGGACAAGAGCUCGAACCAGGCCAUGAGCCUGGCCAUACUGAGGGUCAUCCGGCUGGUGCGCGUCUUCCGCAUCUUCAAGCUGUCGCGCCACUCCAAGGGCCUGCAGAUCCUGGGCCGCACGCUGCGCGCCUCCAUGCGCGAGCUGGGCCUGCUCAUAUUCUUCCUCUUCAUCGGAGUCAUACUCUUCUCGUCGGCCGUCUACUACGCAGAGGCCGACUCAGACCGAUCCUACUUCAAGAGCAUCCCAGACGCGUUCUGGUGGGCCGUGGUGACAAUGACCACGGUCGGCUACGGCGACAUGCGCCCCGUCGGCGUCUGGGGCAAGAUCGUGGGCUCGCUGUGCGCCAUCGCCGGUGUGCUGACCAUCGCGCUGCCCGUGCCGGUGAUCGUGUCCAACUUCAACUACUUCUACCACCGGGAGACCGAUCAGGAGGAGAUGCAGUCGCAGAGCUUCAAUCACGUCACCAGCUGCCCCUACCUGCCCGGCACCGUGGUCGCGGCCAAGCUGAAAGGGGACACGGACUCACCGGACGACUCGGACGUCCUGGAGCUCGACGACGCCACCUCGCUAGCGCUUUUCUCGUCCUCCUCGCCUGCCGCCAACACUCAGCAGCAGGCGAACAGCACCAACAACCCGGCCUCGCUCGAGACGGACGUCUGACGGCCGAGCGUCGUCCGGGGGGCGUCCUGUCCACGGCGAGUCGCCUCGCCGACUAGGACUCGUGGCAGCGGAUUCACCGCUAGAGGGAGCCUGCGAGCCGGCAGGAGUGCUCAGCCUGGCCGCAAGGUGACGUUCGCAUCGUCGAGCGGCGGUGCUUGGAUCCGUGGCCCCGCAGACCAGCCACGCCACCUGUCGUGCCACUGCCUCGCGAACGGUAGCGCCAUGGCUGCCGCUCGCAACGCCACCGCACGGCAGUCGCGCUGCUCCGAGACAGCCCGGGCCGAGAGGACAAGUGCACUAGUUCGUCGCCGUCGCCAUUUCUCCAUUUCUCGGCGAAGCGACGAUGGUGGCGCCGCCAGGCGCGUGCAUCCGUGCAAGAGGGGGCAGUCGAGAUGUGGAGGAGGAGCUCGUGGGCACCGGUCGGCAUUUCUUAGCCCGCAGAGCACUCCCGCUGGUGACGUCAUAGUCAUUCUCGUCAGUCAUUCACGGCAUCUUUUACUGAUGCGCCGCCAAACCUCCCACACUCGCAGUCUUUAGCAAGGCCCCAAUGCGUCACACUCAGUUUACCAUUACUUUCCCCCGAUGCUUGUCUUUUUCCUUCAGUUUAGUUUCGUCAUCACCACCUUCAUCAGACUGACAAAUGACGCAUUAUUACGCUCAAAAGCUUGGUCGCUCAACUGCGUCGAAACACUUGGCGCCCUGCGCCACGUACACGGCUCUGCUGGCUAAAGAAAAACCGACGCGAGUUCUCCCGGAAGUGGACAGUAGCGUCCGCAUGUUGAGGCGCGUGCCCUCUUCCGGUUCGGGUGAGCACAAUCGCUUGCCUCUGCCGGAGCCACCUCGAGGCGCCACCGCCCUCGCCGAUGGCGCCAUCCCAGUGCCGCUGGCGACCUCCGUCUCCCGCCGCGCCGCCUCCGCCGCCGACAACGUUUGCCGUCCAGGCCUCCGGCGGGACCGGGCGCCAGCGAGAUCUUCGCGACGACCAUCACCAACCGCGGUGGCGAGGCUCGCGUUUUCUUGGCGGCACGGGAUUCCCUUCGCACGCAGCCCGCGGCGCAUGCGCCCUUGUGCGAGACUUCGGUAAAUGAGCACGCUGCUUGAAGCAGCGCUCUCUGUCGCCUAAGGCCGCGUGCGACUGCAGGUCGCGAUAGCUGCGUAGUUGGUUGGACGCAACUUUGAAUACAAACCGGUGCAAGUGCAAGCACGCGGCUAACGAGGAGGCGCAGCAACGCGUCACAAUUUCAACAGUUCAUUAGUGGAGCUACGCAUGCGUUCGAAACUCUAAACAUACAAACGUCGAUGCAAGUAGACGUGUCAAGUUCACGGCAAGGGCAGUCAGAAAUACUCAAUCUGCCCUCUCGAUGAGAUGUCGCCUGGGUUUACUUGACAGGCAAUUGCCGAUGUAGCAGAUGCCCAUGAGACUCUACUUCGAGCAAGAACAAAUGCAAUUUCAUGAUGUAAGAGUCUUAUGGAAACAAUGCCAACGAACAGAUCACUAAAAUGUGAACGGGACGAUCACUACCUCAGCCCUCCAAUCAAUAUUUGUGCUCGUGAAGCUAACGAAAGGACGUCACGUACUACGAUGUCAUAGCCUCUCCUGCGUUUCUUGCGGUGACCUAGGACAACCAGCAUUCUCGGAAGAAAUGUCUGCUCCCUCUUUAUGUACCCAUUAGCGAUCACGCUGCACGAAUCUUUGCAGUGACUAGACCCGUCCAAGUGUCAGCGUAGCAAAGGUAUGGUUACACGAAGAGUACUGCAUUUUUAAUCUAAACUUUAUCGCAUCGCAUAAGCCGUGAGUUGCACAUUUUCUACCGCCUAAUACGCAUCUUGUUCUGUCCCAAAAAAGCCCAGAAAUUGUCGGCGACUUAGAAUCAAUAAGCAUAGUGACGUUUUAAACACCACUGAGGAAACGUAGUCCGAGCCAAGUCCGCGAGUGAAGCUUCGGGUCAUCCAGAGCAGCAACUUGUUUGCAAUGUGUCCAGCGAAGCUCUCCGGGGCGAGCAGUGAAGCGACGUUUGGGUGGCGAGGUUUCACGGCGAGGAAAAGGGUUCCGUGCCGCCAGGGGACGCGAGGCGCGCCGCCGCCUUCUCGACAACGAGGGCCCACGCUGUGCCUCGCCACGUGCGUCCACCCCGGCAAUGAAGAACGGCGCCGCGCUAGCCUUCUGCGCAUGCGCGGACGCUCGCAGUGCCUGUGCCCAGUGUUACCUUCUUCCGGGACGACGCGGCGGGCGUGAAUGUGUGCGUGCGGCGACGACAACCGCGGACAUACAGAAGGACAAGAGAAAGACAGUGAUCUUCAAAUUCCACCUGUACAGUACUCUUCAAGUAUGCCACAUAUACAUAUAAUAUUAUAUAAAUAUAUACACACACAAUUAUACAUAAUAUGAAAACUCAGAAAAUGCGGCCCGUAGCGCCGUUACCUUUUCUCCGAUAUACAUUGCAGCCGAUUGUUGGCCGUAAGUGGGUCUGACAGGGGGCAGAUCUUCAUGUGUGCCCUCGUCUGUCUAUCUCUGAAUCCGCCAUUUCUAGCUAUUCCCCACUUCCGUGCAGUGGUUUUGCUCGAUUUGCUUUUUAGGGCACUGCUUUGGCCUAGGAGCGCUAAUUGGUGCCAGCACUGUUCUCCCCGAGUGCUACUGAGACGUGUGGAAGCCGACACUUGGCAGGAUGCCACGAAAAGCUGGUGGACCAACCAAAAAAGCUCUGCCGUCUGUCCAGCCAUCCCGCGUCUGGGCUGCGUGGCCGCGACGGCUCCUCAGUUACGACAACCUUGCUUAUAAGGCGCAAAUUCCGAAUUUCAUCUUAUUGCAGAAUUUCAUCAUACCAUAACUAUUGCCAGAUUCGGUUACGAUGCAAUGUAGGGUAUCCGCUUUAUUCCAAGAACACAGAAACUCUGCUAACUUUUCUUUUCCGAAAUUCUGGCUGUUGACAUGAGCUUAAUUCAAUGCAAGCUGUAGCCCGCAAAUGGCUUAACCACACAAAGUGCCGCUGGAGCUAACACUUUACAAAUUGUGCAGCGUUAAACUUCCAGAUUAUAAUGAGCGAAAAGAAAGCGGGAACAAAAACUUCAUGAACAGAAUAUCCAUAAGGAGUAUCCCCAAUUUAUGAAACCGCAUCGCAACUCUCUGAACUCAGCUAACGGAAGCAAAUACAAUCACAAAGGAAUCACAGUUCAAGCAUGAAAAAAGGAAAACCAUGCAAAUAUGCAAGCAGACAUAGUUCACCGCUAAAACCAAAAUUUAACCAAGAAAUGUAAACGCAGACAAACAGUAAAAUUUUACAACUGAGUUACAUAAACUACAGCUCUAUACGAUUCUUACAAACCGUUACACAACAUUGUCUGAAUAAAGCAGAAAAAAGUUACAUAGAUAGCAUAUCUGAGCUGACGAAGCGUGUCUGAGUGAUCAAGCUAGGUCUAUAUUGCGCUUACUUAUUUUGAUAACAUUUAUUAGACCUAAAGAAAAAAAGUAACAAGUCCAACACCAAAUUUACACCUUUACAAAGUUACUUUGUUUAAAAUGUGACUGACAAAAAAGAAACGUAAGGAUAAUGAGCGUGGAGAGAAACAUAGAGACACAAAAGAAAGGCAGGGAUGAAUGGACGGGGAAAUGGACACUACAACCAUACGGGCCGAAAGACUUGAUUCAUAAGCAGUGUAUUUGCUUACAGCCAAGCAUGAGAUUAGAGAUUGCUAAACGCUCAUUUCACCUCUUUUGUUAUCCCGAAACAAUCACUUACUUUCGUCGCGUCUUGCGGGGAAAAAAAAGAAAAAAAGGAGCAGCAGCGUUAUCCUGAGCAUUUCCUGCGAGUUUCUCUGCUGCUUACAUCACCUGGAUCUGGACGGCUUGUGUAAGCGACUCAAAAGCCGUCGGCUAUUGCUCUCAAAUCAAAUGCAAUAUUCAAAGGGCUAAGGUGGGGGUUGUAGUUGGUUGUAGGGCUAUGAUUGGUUGUAGAUGUUCACGUUAACUGCGCUACUGAGCUACAAGAACAAAUGGCAAUAAAGGGUGCACAGGAUACCCAGAAAAACGCAUACUGUUUAUUCUAUGCAGUCAGGAGGUAUAUAAACACUGAUAUCAGCAUGUCAUAACGUGACAUGUGGUACGAUACAAAAAAAGCAAGAAAGGACAAGCCAUCAACUGCCGGGUUAAGAGGGCAUCUAUUCGGCAAAUUCGCCCACCUAUAGUCUGCGAAGUCCCCUAUUGUCAAUGCUAUAUUUCUAUAUUGUAAAAUGCUAUAUUGCCAUACAAAUGCUAAAAUGGUGACGCCUGGUGGAGGCAGAAUGACUGUGCAGACGGCAGAAGCAGACGAAAUGCUAAGCUAACUGCCGCAAAAGAAGCUUCUGGAGCAGACCACGUUGUUCCUCACUCUUGCAAAGUGUCGGCCAUAACCGGUCAGUUCUCUUUCAGAGGCAUUAUUUGCCCGCUUGCACACACACGCACAUAAACACCACACCCAUGAUGUGUUGUUGACUGAAAGUUGUGAUGGUUGCGUGAUGUGUGAGCUGUUUGUUCUUUUCGCCCUGCUCCAGGUUGUUAUUUCCCGCGUAGGUCAACGCCAGUGAUAGGAACAAAGCGUACAUUUUCGAUUACAUUGAUACUCUACAAUAAUAAGCCGUGCCCAGCCAGCACGUAGGAAGAAGGCGCGAGGGGAUGGCGACAAUUUGUAAGCAAAGGUGCGUUUUAGAAUCGCACCCUCGUCCACCGCGAUUGAGCGUAUUUUUUCUAUCUGUUGCCAAGGGUUGCCCCCGAGAACACCAUUCGUCCUCCCGGAUGCUUCUGGCUUUCUUUGCUUCCUGUGGUCGUCCUACGGGAGCCUUGCAGUACGUACGUACCCAGCUUAGCGCUCGGAAUUAACACAGCAAGUUAGCUGAUCGCGAUUUGCGGCAGGCACAUAGUCCUUCCUUUCGACAAGCAAAGCCCACGACGUGGUCACCUUUGUGCGAUUUCAUUUUCCUAUUUCGUAUUUCUUUCACUGAGGUCGUUGACUUGUUUCUGAAUGCGUAUACUUAAGUAGCGAGUGACCACGGUUACAUAUACCUAAAAAUUGAGCUUUGUUAUCUGCUCAACGACAUAAUCUUGUUGUACAACGUGAUUGAUUGGAGUUACAGACAGCCAGGUUGUCAUGACGGCGAAGCGACAAAAUUCUUGCGCUGACUCGCCAUUAGAAACGAAAUAAUGCCGAGAAACCUUCGCCAGCCUGCUUACUUUGUCUCAAGAGAAUCGAGCGUGUAGAACUGAACAGUCAUACUAUUUUAUUCAUCGGCGCGUGUAACCUCGUCAAUUGUAAUAAUUGCUAAUGCGCGAUCUUAGAACUUAAUGAGUUUCUAAAGCGAAGCAGGUUGCUUCUCUCGCAGUUUUCUUUUUUUCUUUCACACAAACAACAUCAACAGAGUAUUUUCAACGUCACCCGCGUCGUCAAGCCGACGGCGCGCUCCUCGUGCCGCGUUUGUGAGGCAGCCCCGCUUAUGUUGGAACUCUUACGUAAGCGACUCAAUUCAGUGAGCAAGAUUCUCUUGACACAUAAACAGCUAUUCCCGCGUACGCCUAGCCAUAUUAUCCGGAUAAACUGAACGUACUUACGUAGGGUGGCCACCUUCAGAGACUGCGAUGGUGUUAAGCCCCUUAGGCGACUUACGCCAGCGUUCAAGGAAGGGCUUAAGCUAGUGAUCGUAGUCAUCGUAGCAUGCUCCUACCGCCCCAUUUUCUAGCUCUCCGAUUCACCUUCAAAACACUAACUUUACUCCUUGUUCAAGGGCUCUCCAGACGUAGCUCGGCGCAGUAGUUCUUUUGAAACUCCACGUAGCGUCGUAAGACAGUAAUCUUUGACGAGAAGCUUCCAAGAACAAUGUAUUAAAGUAAAAAAUACUCAUUGCUCUGCCCUGUACGAAGGUGCCUGUAUAAAAAGUGUAGUCACGUCCUCUGUAGUUCUACGAAGCAUGGUUUGGACAGCCUUUCGUUGCCGUUGGUAAGCUACGUCCGCACCAGAGGACGUCCUCGCCACUGGCGUCCUCCGCGGUAGUAGACAGUCCCAUCGUCUUCUUCUGUGUUCUUAAACUUUUCUGGUUACCGGUAAAAGGCUUUUUUAAUUUCCUUUUACUGAAAGUGGAAAAGAACGAUAGAACAAAAAUACUGUUAUACGGUGAUAAUGGGUACAGCGUUCACGAACCAAACACGAUGCAGUUUCGUCCAGCACUCUGUGUGAUGUUUCUGUGCAGACGGCCGAUUGUGCCACGAGGGGAAGUGCCACGUGAUGGCGUCGCCAGAGAAUGGUGGUUGUGCACGUCAAGCAAAGGAUAACGGAAAGGCUAUUAACGGGCGGCUACAGCACACGAAGUCCUACAGAAAGUCUGCAUCUAAAGCACUCCCAUUUCUUUUCCCCUUAGUGCAAGCAUAUUAUCGCGCUGUGGAGCUUUAAUAGAUGUGAAAUCGAUGAAGAAACAUUCUUCAAGGAACAAUGCCUGCUAAAUACUUUUUUUUAAUUUUGCGACAACACAAUACUAUCGUGAAAAUUGGCAGUGUGCUAAAACUUGGCCCUACGAAACAAUUUUAAUGACGAAUACCUAACAUCGCCCUCUUAGUCUACCACAUAUUACACUAUUUUAUUAUUUUUUUUAUUUUGCACACUUCCUAACGACAAACACCUCCCAUCAUUUUGACUGGCACCGAUGAAAAUUAACGACUAUUUCGAAACUUCCCAGGUAGUACUUCAAGGACGCAUUUGUUAACUACACCGCAUGUUUGCUAAAAUUAUGUGUAAUCCUAAUUUUAGAAAAUCUCGCAAGCUUAUACUCGCAUGCCCUGAGAGCUCAUUUCAUUCAAAGAAACACUUGCCGGCUAUUUUCUUUUAUGUCACUUAUUUACUGUUCGUUGAAAUAUCGCAGUGUUCACAGAGCCAAAAUAGGUUAUGCGCUCGGAACGCUUCGUUCUUCGCUUAAGAACGAGAAGCUGGUUGUGACUAGGCAAUGGAAGAUAAGUUAGCUCGUUAACGCAAACUAACGCCAUGCCUCUCCGGGGCGAUUAGCCUUGAGUAAGCACUAAGGCUUGUCUACCCCGCCCCAUUUUUUCCCCUCGUCUUGCGCCGCCUAUUUUUUGUUUUUGUUUGGGCCUGCUUUUGUAUGGCACCUGAAAGGGCCGUAUUAACACCCUGAGAAGUGCAUAGUUGAUGCAACGUCGAUGACGCCACCAAGCAAUGAACACCCCGUUCCUUUUAUUCUACGCUUGAAAGCUUAAGCCUCUUGGCGCACCAAUGCAUAACUCCGAAAACAAUAACGAGUCUCGCAAUAAUUUCUAGUCGAGCAAAGAAUCGUAGAGGUGCGCCACGCCCGCCAGCCGUGUGCCAGCAAGUGGCCCCGAGCAACCCUUGGGUCGCAGUGUCCACUGCUGAGAGAAUGUAAUCGUGCCGUGUAAGCGCCGUGGUGCCCUGCCGCACUACCAUUCUGUGAGACCCACGAGAUAGGCGCAAGCGGCGUCCUCCGUAUAGAGCCACGAAAUGCCCACAUACGAAAACACGGUUGUGACUGACCCCCUUGCUCAGCAGUAGAAAGACAAAAGCAAGCUGUUUGCCAUCAUUUUUGUUGGUUAGCUAGGGCUUCGGGUUGUGAUCAUGGUCUAGCAUGGUCUAGGCGAGCGCAGCUGCCUUUAAGAUCCGCCACAGAAAAGUCGUCUCGCUUUUCAGUAAACAAAUCAUGGUCAUAUGACAAAAGCAGCUGUGACGCAGUUCCACUCGGAUGGCCUGCAUUUGACCGACCGCGUUUCCGCUGCAGACACUGUCGAGACCUCUUUAGCUGCGACAUCUUGGGCGCUCUCGCGGCGCUGGCCGAACACGUUUGGAAUGCGCUUCUUGAAUUUCUCACUAUGCUGCGACGCGCGAGCACAUGGCUUGUACCCUUACGGCGAUGCUACGGGUAGCUGACACAUUUGACGCGCGGUGGUGCACCGACAGCAUGUGGUCCUACCCCGGUGCUGCGGCGGCACAAGUUUUCCUCGCUGAUCGUGCUUUGCUCCGCCGAGCACGCCCAGCAUGUCGCGGUGCGGUGUCGCGCCAGUUCUUGGCUGAACAACGUCAAUCAUUUUCAAGACGCGUGACCACGCACCCACGUGUGCCUCGUAUUCGCACCUUUUAGUUAGUUUUCAUCCACCCUCCAAGCUUGCGCUUUCUCUUUUUUCUUUAUUCGUGUGUGUGUGUGUGUGUGUGCGUGGUCACUUUGUCAUACGCCCGCUGCGCCAAAUUGCACCCAAUCCCGUGACCAAUACAACGUUGUUCACACUUCCUCACUGUUAUUGAUUGCUUUACUAAUCUGUCUUCUUCUUUGGUAUUUUUAACGGAGAAAUAGCAGUUGCCGAGUGGCAGCGUAUUACACUGAGAAUAAUGUGUCUGCCCAAACAAUUUAUGCUGUUUACUUAAAUGGCGUGAGUUCAUUGCUUACAAACACCGGGUGCACGCAGUACAAGACACGCCCUUGAGAUGUGCCGAUUCGGCAGCUUUGUCGCCUUGCUCGGUUCUCCAGUUUGAGCAAUCGUCUCCAGGAAAGUGAUAUUGGGGAGCUGAAAAAAAAAAUGGAGCAAGAUUCAGCGAGCGUACAUAGUGGUUUUUACUCUGCUGGGACACCGAAAAAAAAUAGAACAUAUGUAUAAAUAAGAAUGCAAGUUGUUCGCUGUUUUCAGGUUGUCCUUCUAAUUGUGUCGCUUGUGAUCGCGAGACAUUCUGGCGAGCCUCUGUGGCCUGACGAAGGCUUCGUGGCGAAAAUGCUCCGCUGUUAAGUUUAGCUGUUUGAGGAGUCCUUUUUUGUCUGUUUACGGCGUACAAAGUGACUUCUGCUUGCUGCUACUAAAUGCGAGCGUAUUAAAGUACCUUCUUGUCUUGUA